ACUUAAUUUACUUAAACAUUUAAACUCCACCAGAUCUGACUAGGUCAACCCAAACCCCCAUAGUCCACCAGUGACCCAAAUUUGACACUUUCACUCCACUCGUUAGUCGGCUAGUCGCAAGUCCCAACACGGGCCAACCAUAUAUCUCCGUCGUCGCCGGAAAUUCGUCGGGAAGCAUUUGAAUUGUUCCGAUCUGAUGGACUCUUCCGGCGCAGGAAAGUUCCCAGAGAAGAACCGAACUAACUUUCCAUGGGAGAUGAUUAAUAGUUCUAGUUCUAGCUCUAGCGAUGACGAAGUUUCCUCUGAUGUGUUGCCUGAAAGGUCAUCAGACUGUCGUUCUACUCUGACUUUUGCUACCGCUUUUCCGGGCGUCGUGGCUGAAUCCUCCGUUUCUAUCCAAACGCCCCAAAGAAAUUGGGUUCAAUUAUUGAAAUCAGAAGAAGUAUUGUCUGAAAGAUCUUCAGUAUCUAUUGAUAAUCUGAAGGCAAAUUGGAAUCAUACUACGGAGCCGUCGGUGGCUGAAUCCUCGGUGUCUGUCCAAAAUCCCCUAAGAAGUAGUUCGGUAGUAAUGUCUGCAAGAUCUUCGGGUUCUCGUUCUACUUCGACUUCUAUUGUUAAUAAUCCGAAGGCGACGCCAUAUUUUCCGGUGGCUGAAUCCUCCGGUGUUAGCCAGAUGUCUAUUGAAAAUACCCAAAGGAGUGGCUAUUCUCCAGGACAUGACUCUUGGGAUGAAAUUACACAAGGUUUCUCUACUAUGGAGAACGAGUACGCUUUCAUUGAGGAUGCUCCAACUGCAAUUCCAACGCGGUCACCGCCGCUACCGCCAGUGACACCGCAACUUUCACCAUUGUGUUUUGCAACAGUGUCACCACCACAGUUUCCAAUGUCUUCUGCACCAGUUUCACCGGAGUCAAAUGUGGGCUGCGUGGCUGACCCAUUUGCACAGGCUGACACGUCCAUUGAGGAAGUACUGGCAGCUGCGGAGGAAUUGAUGAUGCAUUUGAAAGUGUCAGGUUCUGAGAAUGACUUUGUAGCAGCAGGAAUCACUGAGCGGUUGAUGUUGACCACGAGGCGAGCAAAGAAAUUGCUUCAUUUUGGUGGUUGCUCAGACUCCUUGGCAGUGCGGAAGGACUUGAUGUUUCAUAAGGUGUUGAUUCCUUCUGAUGUUGGCAAAAUGAAAUGCUUUGUUAUACCAAAGGUGUUUGCAGAUAAAUACUUCCCCAAGAUUUCUUCUAUAAAAAAUCACCAGCUUCUCGGUUUUAAAGAUCUUACUGGUAAAUUGUGGACGUUUCUGUACACCUACUCGUACGAUUACCAGAGCUAUAUCCUUGCUGAGGGUUGGAGCCGCUUUGUCGAGGAGAAACAACUCGCUGCUGGUGAUGCUGUCUACUUCUACCAUGGAGUUGGAGGGGAAGAUAAAUACAAGUUCUUCAUUCACUGGAAUCGUAGGGAUGAUGCUGCUGCUAACAAAGAUCUUACUACUAUUGCUGAUGAUUUCACUGCUAAUGCCUUGCCUUAUUGUGCUUUGUUUCCUCAUAGUUAUGAGUUUGAUAAAGAUACAAUAAUUCAAUUAUGGAUGGCACAUGGUGUUUUUGUCAAUGAGCCAAUGGAGAAAAUCGCUGGUCUGAUUUUUGAGAAAUGUGUGAUAGGGGGUUACUUGUUGUUUUGCCAAACUAAUUUGGUGACUGGGAAAGCAAUGUACAAAUCCGGGAGAGUUGGCAGUUUGAUUUCAAGUGUCAGCGAUAAAAUUGUUCAUAUAGAGGGAAACUCCAACUUAAAUGAUGUCUCUGUAGAAGUAUCUCAUAUGUCUAUAAGGUGUUACCGUCAGGAAAAUUCCUGUAAUCUACAAGAACUGAGAAGAUUCAAACAACUGAGAACACUUAUGUUUCUCCAUGGUCGUGAAUCGAGCUUCAAGCAAGUCCCACGAGAUAUGUUCUUGUCAAUGAAGUUGCUGCAUGUUUUGGAUUUGAGUCAGACUCAUCUUAUGGAGCUUCCAAGCUCUAUAGGGAAUAUGAAAUGUCUUCGUUAUUUAAACCUUUCAGAGACUCUUAUUACCCGUUUGCCUGAAGCAGUGGACUGCCUUGAGAAUUUACAGACUUUGAAACUCCGUGGUUGCUCAAACCUAUCGUCCUUACCAAAAGGUAUGAGAAAGCUGGUGAAUCUGCGUCAUCUUGAUCUUGAUGUCCGUAGGCAAUUACGCUUAAUGCCUCCGUGGUUAGGGAAUUUAUUUAACAUUCAAACAUUGUCGGCAUUCCUUGUUGGUUUGGGAGAAGAAUGCAACAUACGUCAGUUGAAGAACAUGAAUAAUCUCUCUGGAAACUUUUGCAUCUCCAGGCUUGAGAAUGUGUUGACAGAGGAUGAGGCCGCGGAGGCUCAUCUGUGCUAUAAGCCGCAGCUUAAAAAAUUGGAGUUGCAGUGGAGUGACACACAAGAUGAUGUUUUAGGUAAUAGAGAAGUUGUAUCUUCUCUUAAGCCAAAUACAAACCUUGAAGAGUUGCAUAUUAGUUGUUAUGGUGGUUUUGAACUGCCUAGGUGGAUUUGUGAUCCAGCUUUCACUAAGCUGGUCAGUGUCACACUCUUCAAGUGUGAGAACUGUUCAGUCCUACCAUCUCUCGGGCUACUUUUAUCACUCAGAUUUCUAAACAUACUGGAUUUUUACAAACUGGAGGUGAUUGAUCACAACUUUAGUGGAGGUGUUGGCAUCCAAGGGUUCAAUGCCUUCCCCAAGCUGAAAAAGUUAGCUAUAGAAAACAUGCUGAGCUUAGAAGAAUGGACAGGGAUGGGGAAAUCUGACUUUCCAUGCCUUGUGACGCUCACAAUUAAGAAUUGCCCCAAACUCUCGAGUUUAUGCACACUUUCAUAUCUCCAUUCCCUCAAAAAUUUGGAGAUAAGUCACUGUGAUACGCUUGAAUCUUGGACUGAUGGCAGAUUGCCUGCUUCAGUUGAGACACUCAUUAUUGAAGAUUGUCCCAUGAUAUGUGUGGAGUCCUUACAGAAUGGAGGUCCGGAUUGGCAUAAGGUGGCACAUGUUCAGAAUGUGUGGGUUGAUAAUCAAGAGAUAUCUUUUGGUGGGAGUUCUUUGAUCGAGAACCCUUUCACAGAUUAUUUCGUCCCAUGAGUCACGAUCAUGGGGAUGAAGAUUGUAAAACCAGGAUGAUGCAGGUUCUUCUGGACUGGACAGCAGAGUAGCUUUCAGUCAAAUGUCCUGUUGCCGAUUUGAUUUCAACUUUGCAAAUGGAAGGGUGCUCUGUAUCUUUGGCCUCAAGCAUCUGGGCUCUAGUUCGCUGGACAAUUGGACAUGCACCUGUCUACAACACUGAAAGGCAAAGUUCUGAGUAACAUUGGUUUCCCUUGAUCUUCCCUCCUCUUUCUUUUCUCACUUUCUGUUAAAAAGAUGUUCUGUGAGCGUCUGAAACUCUUAACUACAGAUUUAAUUUGCUGAUGAAUUUGCAGACAACUUUCUGGAAUUUAAACAUCAGUAAAUGACUAAAAUCUACCUACUCCAUUUUUUUCCUAGCAAACAGAAUGUGUCUUUUUUAUAUUUUUUUAUUUUAAACCUACAUAAAGACACGACUGUAGAAUCUUUGAACAGUCAGCCGUGUUGUGCUAGUUUACUUUAUUUUACAAUUUUAAUGAGCUUCAACUGAGAAAUAUAUCUAUAGAUGUUUACUUGGUAUUGUUUUUUAUCAAGACCAUCUAACUCUAGGUUUUCUGGCCUAGUAGAGUGAAUGUUUGCACGGAUGAUUUAAUAUUUCAUGUUGAUGAAACUCUAACCAUUAACAGAGUACUACCAAAUAUAAAGUGCCAAUCAUUAUUGAUGUAGAGGCAAAGCCAAAAGAGAUAUCGCUUCCUGUGUUUCACUCGACUCUUCGGGAAUGUGUAUUACUGUAUUUGUUAGUUAAUGCUUCCGUGUUAUAUUACACCUGAGUUUUUGUAUUGAUCACCUUUCUCUUGUUUUUAAGAAACAAAAUGGAACUUAGAAAGUGAAAAAGAAAAGCAAGAGCGGAGUGUUUGGGCAGAAAACAUGAAUGUUAGUUCAGCAGUACUAUUUCUGCAUUGGGCAUUAUUCAUAUUAGUGUAGAUUGAACACAGUAGAGAGUUGUGAUUUCAGGCUACCUAGAGUACUGAGUAUCUUCUUCUUUUGGAAAUACUCCCUCCGUCCUUUUUUGUUUACCCCAUUUUCCUUUUUUUGGUUGUCUCUUCGAGAUUGUUCAACACCCUUAUGUUCUCUAUCUACCUAUCUCCUCAUGGAACCACUUCACUAACCCCAUGUGAAUUAUUUACACCCAACUCUUAAUAAAGUGAAGUUUCUUCAUUGAAGCAAUAAAAAAGGGACGGAGAGAGUAACAUAGAGAGUAACCAAUGAUGAAGUACAUUGAUCCGAGGUUCUUAUCUUAGACGGUGACCUCUCUUUUUUCAAGUGUGCCCUUAAUAUUGAAUUUUUUAUUCCCUUUCUAUAAAAUUAUUUGCACGCUGUUGUUUUUAUACGUAAAGAUCAGACAAUCUUUAACCACUUUUCUUGUGUAGUGGAUAAUAGAUAAGUACUUAUAUAAAGAGGAUAAUGGUGCAUUGUAUUUGAAAAAUACUACAGUGACACAUGUUGGUAUUUGUAUAGUCAUACAUGGCCUGUUACUUAUUUUAAUCCUACUUGAUAGAUUAUGUUAAAUAUUAGUCAGAAUAUUUUGUAAUCUCCUAUUUUGGGUUAGCUAGAGGUUAAAAUGGUGUGUCACAUAAUUUUCUUCAUUCGUCGUUGUCUGCCUUGAUUUCUGCAUCUUCCAAGAAGCAACUUGAACUACCCCACCACCCACUUGGCUACAUUGAUAAUUGGUGGUAAUUUAUUGUAAGCUGUAGCUAUUGACUUCUUCCUUUUUUGUCUCCAGGUCUUCCAACUAAUUGUCCUGAGAAAAAAGUGUGGAUGGUGAGCACAUUCCUGAACAAAAAUACAAAUAAUAAGAUAAGUGCCAUCUAUUGCUUGGGAAAUCCCAGUAUGGAAGCGUUUCAAUCAGAAUAUGCAAAGGCUUUGC